AUGCCACCGCAAUCCAGACCACUAAGUUGUGCACAGGAAACCAAGGCGUUGAGUGCUGAGCUGCCACGCGGCUUGAGCAGCCAAGGCCGUCUCGAGUCUCCCCGUGGCUCAAGGGAGCCAGGAAGUGCCAGUGGAGUGCUGUUGGAUAGAGGCAGCAGCUGGCGCGCAGCAGAGGUGGGCGUGCCUGCGAACCUUUGCGGUCAUGGCGGCUCUGCGUCCAGCUCUGCUGCACUAGAAUCAGGUGAAUAUAUACAAAAUUGCUCUUAUUUUGCUCUGUGGUCCCUGGAUUCUGUAGUAAGUAGGUUUUUUCCACAUGACAUCUUGCAUAUCUUAGUGCAUGAGAGGAGUUUAAGUCAAGGAAUUCCUCCUUCCCAUCCACCUCCUGAGGAGUUUUUUCUUCCAAGAUGUCUUAAUUUUGAUGCUACUUGUUUGAUGAACUCUGGAGUGGUUCACAUCAAUUGCAAUGGCUUUCAGAAAAAGAAUCUGAUGUUUUCAAGUGCAUUGGGGCAAUCUCUCAACAGUGUCAUUCCUGAUCAUUAUAAGCAAUGUUAGGCUGACAUGUCACCACAAUGUCUUGAUAGUCCAUCUUCAAAUUUAAGUCAGCAAGACCAAUUAGAAGCUUUAUGGUCUGCAGUAGACCAAACCAAUUUUCUCGUACUUAUGUCAAGAUGCAUCAAACAAUGGGCAUCAGAACACCCACAUUCGGCCACUAAGUUGUGCUUUGUUCUAGAAUGGACAUGGAAUAAAGUGAAUGUCACCAAAGAAGAAUUGGACACACUGUGUGCGCCAUUAUUUGAUGGCUCAUGCCAUAUCAUUGAUCCACAGACUAUACAGUCUAUCCAUUGUUGUUAUUUGCUUCUGUGCCACCUUAAUGCAGUUCUUAAUUGUUUGUUAGCAGAGGCCAAAAGCAUGACUGAGGAAGGCAUAUUGAGCCUGAACAAUAAACGUAUGUUGACUCAAAUAACAUGUCAGUACAUACAAGUGGUUCUGUGGUUCUGUCGUUUUGAGCUUCUACCAGAGUGCUUCCAUGAUGCUAUGCAUUUAAGAAAUUUAUGCUAUAACUACCCUGUAAUGCAGGUGUACUACACCAGUUGUCGACAGAACUGUGAGAGUUUUUCAAGGGGGGAAAUGAAUCCUGAUUACCUGAUCAUUGAUGGACUGGUUUUUCGCCUAGGAAAUAGGAUUGAGAAUUUGUGGAAAAAAGAUGAAGGAAGCAGUGGAAAAUAUCCUCCUCCAAGUCUGCAUGCACUGCUUGACAUAUACUUACUUGAUAAUAUUCCAGAAGCAAACAAACAUGCAGUUACCAUCUAUUUGCUGCUAGAUAUUCUGUCUUGUUUUCCAAAUAAAGAGGAUUCUGCCAUGGAAUCAUUUCUUAAGCUUUUUGCCAUUUCUUAUAGCCAACUGAAGCUGAUUAAAGGGUUGUGGUAUAUAGAUCAUAAAAAUUAUGAGAGGGCUUUGGAACUUCUGCUUGACCCAGCCACAGUCGAACCUUUGCCAUGGCAACAUACAAUGAUUCUUCAAGCUUUCAUAAGUCAUGGUGAGCACAGAAUCGCCCUCAGAUAUAUCCAUUCCAUGAAGCCAACGAUGUCCACAGAUGGUGAUGUUUGCCUUCACUUCACCAUUUUGACCUAUAAUAGGUGUGUGGUUGAGGCCUUAAGUUUGCUGCGGCAACAUUCUAGUAGUUUAAACAGAAAGGACUAAUUAAAGCACACUUACGACAUGUGCCAGGAAGUGGGUUUGCUGGAGGAUUUUCUAAAGAUACCGCUCAAAGGCACUGAACAGGAGGAUUUGGUAAGAACUUCGCAAACCAGUCCUAGAAUCAAAGAAUCCUCUCCUGGAGUAUCUUCUCUCCCAAUACCUGAUGCUUCUGUUGGAACCCCAAUUGCACAAGCUUCACAAAAAUGUUCUAAAGAGCUGAAUAAGGCUGAUUGUCCUGUGCAGCAGCCUUCUCAAUCUAUGAGGGUGUUUCUGCAAAGCCCCACCAAAUUUCCUUUGGACCUACCAUCUCAUUUUUUGCCAGUAAGUUCAUGUGUCAAAAGAUCUUGGGAAUCUAUUACCAAGGCUAAGGAAUUACAUUGCCUUGAAACUCCUCUUGUGGCUAAGAAAGCUAAAAUUUCGGCCACAACAGACCAUCAAGAAAAUGAAAAUCAAGAAUUGCAUGUAAGGCUACAGGAUACUGCAAGCUCUUCUACUGAACUAAUUGCUGAUGUAACAGAAAAAGGGCAAGAUGGUAAUAGUAAUAUGGUUGAGUCUGAAGGAAGUCCUCCUAAAAUGCCACGAAUUUCUGAUACUGGAAAUACCGAAGAUAUUUUGCUGUCAUCCCUGACAGCACAACAGGCAGAAGUCCCCAUGUCUGACACACCUAGGAAACGUGGUAGACCAAGAAACAUAAAUGCUGAUGAUGUAACACCCACAGCUCAUGAGGAGGAGAGAAGUCCCAAAAGGAGAAAAGAUCUUAGCAUUCAAAGGAGAUCUACAAGAAACACCUCAGCUACAAAGAAAAAUACUCAUGCUGGAGAACAAGCUUCAGAGACGUCAGUUUCAGUUCCAGAAGAGGAGCUUGAGACAGUGUUGAGCCCCAAGUAA